CGUCUUCCCAUUUAUGGGUUUUCCUUUCCAUGUCAUGAGGCUAGUGUUUUUGCCCAGUUUGUGGUACUCGUGACUGAUUGCUUGUGGAACGAUCAGUGUGUCGUGAAAGUUGCUGUGUAUUGCGAUGCUCGUCCUACAGCUAUUGUGUUUGGUUCUUAUGUAGUUCGGUCACGGGAGGUGUCGAUCGGCUUGCUAUUAUUGAGCUCGGUUUGUGAAGCGUUUUUGGGUGGCGGAGAGCUGUGUCAUUGCUCUGCACACGGUCAAUCAUCAAAGUGUUUAAUUGCGGUUUUCAGAAUGUCAUUUUAGAACGAGUUUUAAGGCUCAGGCGAGUACUUGGAGGGGCUGGUUCUUAAUGUGGGUUGUAGUCUGUACCUGGCUCUUCACUACGACGGACAGGCGUUUGCACGCCCUCUUUUCUUUCGAAUGGGGUACUGCCUUGGUUGUACCGGCAUUGCUACUGCUUGGCGAUUGGAGGUAUCAGGAGUUGACAAUGAAAACGCAGGCUGUAGCCCUCGUCGGGCUCCUCCUUCUGGGCACUCUAUCCAUCACAACCGCGCAGAACAUUUCUCUAGUUCUCGCCAGAUACCCUGAGUACUCGACUUUUAAGUCUCUCAUGGAGAGCACAGCUGUACUCAGCGAAGUCCAAACUCGGUCCUCUCUCACAAUUUUGUGCCCACCGAACUCUGUGCUUGAUCCAUUCAUUGCUGCUCGCAGAAGCUUCUCCACCCAAAUGCUUGCUGAUGUGAUCAGGUAUCACGUCCUCCUCCAAUAUCUUGACAGUGCGGAGCUCCGAACUCAGACUAACAACGGCGGUAUGUUUACCACUCUGUAUCAAACCACGGGACGUGCCAAUGAAUUGGACGGCUUCGUCAACAUUACGGUUACGCCUUCCAAUGCAGUUGCAGCUGGCCCUUCCACCGCAGGCACUCCACCUCAAGCCACCAUUCUCGAGAACAUCACUCAAUUUCCAUACAAUUACAGUUUCUUCCGGGUUGAUGCUGUAAUGACGCCCCUUGGUCUUGCUGCCGCGCAGCUGGCCCCCACUACUCCUCCUACCGUCGCCCCAGUUCCUGCCCCGCUGGUUGCUCCCGUGGUAGCUCCAGUGGUCGCCCCAGUCGUGGCCCCUGUUACAGCCCCGGCAUCUGUUCCUGCCGUGGCUCCAUCAGCCCCUGUCCUGGCUCCAGUGGUGCCCUCUCCAAUGGCCCCUCCCACGGCAUCUCCAGAGCCAUCCUUGGUAACUCCGACACCUGCUCCCUCAACUACCCCUGUGGUGUCACCUGCUGCUUCUCCACCUGCUCCUCCCACAAACGGACCUUCUGCGGACGAGACACCUGCUGUUGCGGAGCCAUUCACGUCUCCAAUCAACGCCAAUUCCGCCGUCUCUGUCAACAUUGAUUUUGUCGCAGCGCUGGCUUCUCUCUUCGUGGCUGCCCUCUUAUCGUAGAUCUCGCAGGAACGCUUCAUUCGGCCCGAUGAUAUAGAAAGUGGUGCGAGUGACAAUGUGAAGUUGUCUGUUUGACAUAAGUUUUGAAGUUAUCCUCUGCCACUGACAUGGUGGUCAUGAGUGACUGGCAAACGAUGUCAAGGAGUUGGAAAUCCUGCAGCCGGAUAAAUUUUGUGUGUAGCGCAGUUUAGAUUCAGUGUCUGACCCAGGUGGUGUAGAGUCGACAUUGACGGUGGAUUGAUAGGUCAAUGUUCCUCAAUAUACAUUCUUUUGAAUCACUUAUAUUUUUAAAUUUUAAUGAUUCUGGAUUCAUCCA